GCGAGGAUUUGGCCGACAAAUGAGACACACAAAUAUAUUCAUAGUUUAUACUUUAGAUUUGUUGCCAUGGCUUUGAAAUUUUUUUAUAUCUAUCAUCAUUUUUGUUAUUAUUGAUAACCAAGAAAAAAAAAGGAUCAAGAAUUGCUUUUUAUUUCCACUUAAUUUGUAUUAUCUUCAUUCUCUCUCAGGCACACAAACGAGAGUAGUUUGAGAAAAAUCCGAAGCAUUUUCAGAUUCUCUCCCUCUCUUCUAUCUUUUUGCUGAAAGGUUGGCUAGGCUUGUGGGUUUGCUCCUCUCCUCUCAUAAAGAUCAUAUACCGAUCUUGACUCUAUCGCCUGAGAGAUUUUUGGUAUCUUUUUCCCUUUUGCUCUUUUAACUUGGUUCUUGAAAUACUUCUCUAUAUUUUGGUAUUGUAAUCUGUCAGAUUUUGAUUUCUAUCGCUGCUUUCUUGAAAUUCAAGAUUUGUGUGUGUAUAUCACUCUUCUCUCUCUCUCUCUCUCUCUCUCUCUCUCCAAAUCUUUGCAUUUUUUAUGGCUUCCUUUAAGUUUUCUUUUGAUGUUGUUCUUCAAAAGAGAAAUGCCCCAAAUACAAUAGAACCAAUGGUAUAUCUUGAAUCUAGUCUAAAUUUCUUUUGUCUAGUUUAAGUUUGCUUUGAAUUUUCUUUGAGUCUUGAUGUUCUUAACAAGAAAGGUCCAAGAGGAUCCAAGAAAUUAGUAUAAUGCAUAUUUAGUAUGCCAAUCAAGAUUGGAUCGUUGUUUUACCUCUUUUGCAUAUGAAUUUGGAUUCUUGAAAAAUUCUUGCAUUUACAUAAUUAGAUGGAAGAUUACAAGAAUGUCUCAAGAAGAAGAAACCCAAAAGUGUAGCAAUAGUAAUAAUAGUGGUGGUGGUUGUGUUAAUAUUGGAAAUAUAGGUAGAUCAUCCAAAAAGCAAAAGCAAAAGAAUGUCCCACAAAGGGGACUUAGUGUGGCACAACUAGAAAAGGUCAGACUAGGAUAGCAACAAAAGAAAGAUGGGUCUACAAUGUUGACAAUGACAUCAUCACCACCUGCAAUGUCAUCACCACCCAAACCUUCAAAUCAAUCUUCAUCAGUGCCGAUUCCAGAAAAUCAGUCUCACUCCACUUCAUCAAUUCCCUACCCUUCUGAUAUUUCAUCUCCAAAUUCAAUACUUCGGCCUCAAAAUAUUGAUAUUUUUAACGCAAACACUAUUCCAUUUGUCAAUUCUUUGGGUUGGCGAUCAGUUUCUGUUCAAGGACAUGGAAAUAUGCCCAAGAUUUGGAAUUCUUGUGACUUCAAUCUUGAAAAGGAGACUAGUUGUGGGGUUGAUCCUGGAUUGGCCUUCAGGUCCAGGUUAAAUUUGCCCUUUGAAUCCAAUUCCACUUGGCCUCUCCCUAGCUUGAUGCAAGGGGCACAGUAUCCUCCUCCUCCAAUGGUGAAUGUGUCAUCAACAAGUUCAUCAUCAUCUCUACAAAAUUUGCAUAUGGAGCUCCCUUCAAACCAAAGCUGUUAUGGGAACUAUACACCUGUUUGGCCAGAGGAAGAAAAGUUGAGUUAAAGUUGCUUGUAAUUAAUCUUUCAGCUUAUAAUCAAUUAAUUCAAUACUAAAUUUUAACCUGAAAAUUUUCUUCUUUGACUUUAAUGGUAAUCUUUUUUAAUAUAAUCAAUUCAUGACCAGAAAAUAUGAAUAAUUUUUGUUAAUGAUGUAUAAUAGCUGGUUUGAAAUUUUUGUUCCAA